AAACCAACGGAAAAAAAAAAAGAGAAGAAAAAAAAAGAAAUGUCUUCGAUCGCCCGACAUUUGAUACGUAACAGCUUCUGCAGUCCAACUUAAUCGACACUACGGCCACAGAAAGGAUAAGAACCAUUCGCGAAUCUUUGAGGCUACAUACGGCCGCAUUACUCAAAUCUACACGACACAACAGUCUCAAUCGCGAAAUCCCACAAAUCGAAACGAGACGCGACAGCACGAGCUUUUGCCUAUCGCGAAAUUCCAACGUCCAGGAGAAGAAGAGCAGACAACAACGCAGCCAUGCUCUACGACCUCAACAUUGCCUGGUCGCCGACGACCUCAGCCUCAGAGCUCGAACGUACGCUCAAGUUCGCCAAAAAUCUAGGUUACGAUGUCGUCGCCUUGAACCAGACCAUAACGGGCAACAUCCCAACACAACCGCACCCGAUCAGCAACCCCAUCCCGCAACUCACACAUCCACACCCAUCAUUCCCCGGUGGCGGCAAUUCAACAAAUAUUACAUCCACAGCGACCGCACGAACAAAGACGACAAACCUCUCAACAACCGCCUCAUCAGCCGUCCCUCCCUCCUCCUCCUCCCCCCUCCCCACCGUCCUCCGCCGCGUAACCCUAACCGUCACCGAUCCCUCGACAACCAACUACCGCCUCGUCGACUUCGCCCGUUCCUAUGACCUGCUGGCCCUUCGCCCGACAAACGACAAGGCCUUCAGCUGGGCGUGCCUGAGCACCACGGAGCCGCCAGCCAUUAUCAGCCUUGACCUGACCCAGUUUCUGGGCUUCCACAUCCACCACCGCACCGCCAUGGCGGCCGUGCACCGCGGCACGCGCUUCGAGAUCUGCUACAGCCAGGCGUUUUCGUCAGGUAACACUGUGGACGCCCAGCGGGCGAGGAGCAAUUUCAUCGGCAAUGUUUUGGGCUUGCUUCGGGCGACCAAGGGCCGCGGGAUCAUCGUUUCGAGCGAGGCCAAGAGCGCAUUAGGGCUCAGGGGCCCCGCAGACGUGGUCAACCUGUUGGCUGUGUGGGGGUUGGGACCGGAGAAGGGGACGGAGGCGCUGGGGACAGUACCGAGGGCGGUGGUGGUCAAUGAGGGUGUUAAGAGGAGGGGUUUCAGAGGGGUGGUGGAUAUCGUGCAGACUGCUCCUGGGGGUAAAGUGAGGAGCGAGGAGGAGGAGGGGGGAGCGGAGGGAGAUGCGAAGUUGAGUAAGAAGCAGAGGAAGUUGCAGCAGAAACAGCAGCAAGGGCAGAAACAACAGCAAGGGCAGAAACAACAGCAAGGGCAGAAACAACAGCCAGGGCAGAAACAACAGCAGCAGCAACAGGGGCAGAAGCAGGGAGGGCAGCAAGGCCAAGGCCAAAAGCGCAAGAAUGGAGAGAGUGGUGGUGGCGGUACGGAUGGUGGUGGGCAGCAAAAGAAACAGGCGAAGUAGUCGAGGAACGAGUGUUAUUGGAGGCCAGCCUCGUCAGUAGUCUGGGUAUGACUUGACUGCUGCUUUAUCGGGGGGCGCUAAGGUGACAGGGCGUUAGGCUGUUUUUUUUCCUUUCUAUCUUGUUCACGCAGCAUGUCAUCACGUCUGACGAGCAUUUCACGAUACCCAUCUAUUUAGAGCGAAAAAUGGGAACUAUAACAAGGGCGUGCGGGCUGUGAUGGGUUUCAGGAGUUUUGGUUUGUCAACAAUAUCACGCCAUUGAACAUGUCAGUUUGGUUACAGGAGUAACAACCUCAACGGGGCACUCUGGUAAAGUUCAACAUCAAGCGUCUCUAAACUUGACUGGUUUAACGUGCCCAUCUAGCGCCGAGGACAAUGGCGGUCUUUGACGGGAGAAACGAAGAUUUAUAUACAUUAUAUCAGUUGUUAGCGGCAACAACACUCGCUGCACGGUUAUAAACAACUCUCAACUCUCAACACAACCGGAUGAAUAUCGAACUGAAAGAGCCACCGAAAGAAAACGUCAACACGCGGAUUUUUCACAGCCAAAUAAAACACCUCCCC